AAAUUAAGGUUAUUUCGUAAUAUUUGUAAGGAAAUUUAACAAAUAAAUUCGUAUUAACAUGGCCCAAAGUAGAUUAGAGAAAAUUGGAACCAUAUUCACCAGAGUUUCUGGUUUACUGCGCUCUGGUGCCAUGAAACCCGAAGACAAGCCGCUAUGGUAUGAUGUAUAUGCAGCCUUCCCACCCAAAUUGGAACCAAGAUUCGAUCGCCCGGCACCACAAAUACCAAUUCGCAAUAUAUUUUAUGAAGAAGAUCAAGUGAGGGCUAAAUUCCACAAGUCCCAAAAGCAAGCCGAAAUGGUCAGUAUGUUCGAUCGCCAGCGUAAAACCCAAUCACAGCAAUUUAUACAAAUCUAUCAAGGCUUGAAAUCACAAGGUGCCUUGGAUGAGGAGAAAAUAUUUGAAACCGCUCUGGAUCUAUUGCAAGAACAAAGGGCUCAAAUGAGACAAGAUGCUCAGCAAGCCAAGGAUAUGGAUCUAGGUCUUGAAGAAGACAGCAAACAGACCUUAAGUGAAUCAUUCACUCAGGCCAAGGCUGAUGCUGGGGAAACAAAAACAAGCACCGCCACCACCUCUGCAAGUGGCACCACAAAUCCAGAUAGCAAAAGCGAUUCGAAAAAUAAAAUUGCCGGGCAAAAUAAAAAUAAUAAAAAUUGUUAG